AUGGAUCGCCGGAAGUUGGUCCUCUUUCUUUCGCUUUGCCUUCUCGUCUCCGUUGCCGUCGCGUUUAACGUGAGCACCCUCACGUUCGACGAGGGCUUCACGCCGCUGUUCGGCGAUGAGCGGCUCGUCCGCUCCGCCGACGGCCGGAGAGUGCGCCUCCACCUGGAUCAAUAUUCCGGAUCGGGAUUUAUAUCGUCGUCGAUGUACCAGUAUGGACUGUUCAGCGCGCUGAUGAAGUUGCCGGCGGAUUACACCGCCGGCGUGGUCAUUGCUUUCUAUACGUCGAACGGCGACGUGUUCGAGCGGACGCACGACGAGCUGGACUUCGAGUUUCUUGGGAACGUCCAGGGCAAGGAGUGGCGCGUCCAGACCAACGUCUACGGCAACGGCAGCACCAGCCGCGGCCGCGAGGAGCGCUACUUCCUCCCCUUCGACCCCACCGCCGGCUUCCACCGCUACUCCAUCGUCUGGAUCGAUCGGAACAUCAUAUUUUACGUCGACGACGUCCCGAUCAGGGAGGUCCGGCGGUCGGAGGCCAUGGGCGGGGACUACCCGUCGAAGCCCAUGUCGCUGUAUGCCACCAUCUGGGACGCCUCCAGCUGGGCCACCGCCGGCGGCACGUACAAGGUCGACUACGCCUACGCGCCCUUCGUCGCAGAGUACGACGGCCUCGCCCUCCUCGGCUGCCGCGCCGACCCGCUCCGUGAGGCGCCCUUCGACGACGACUCCUGCGACGACGACGACCACGCGACGCUCGCCGCCACCGGGCUCGGCGACAUGACCGCCGACCGCCUCCGCUCCAUGCUCGCCUUCCGCGAGCGCUACAUGACGUACUCCUUCUGCUACGACGCGCUGCGCUACCCGACGCCCUUCCCGGACUGCCGCGUGGUGGAAUCGGAGCGGGCGCGGUUCCGCGAGACCGGGCACGCUCGACCGCGGCCGGCUCCGGUCCAGGCGCAGCGACGCCGGGUCCGGCGCCGCAGAGGAGGAGCCAGGGCAGCAGCUCAGUACUGAUCCAUGACCCAUGUCAAAAUUCGAAUUCGAGGGAUAAAUGUGUAUGAAUUCUACUUCGA